CAGGGAGUCCCGUCAUUUGAGUCAGGGCACACAUGCCUCAGCAGUGAGAGGCUCUACUCCCGUUGGUUGGCCAGCAUCCCAGGGUAGACGCAAAGACAGAGAGAGAGAGAGAGAGACUGAGAGGACUGAGAAUAAGAGAAAAAAGAGGAAAAGAAAGACAGCAAGAAGACAAGUAGACUAGAAAGUGGGAAGAGGAAAAUCUCCAAAGAAGUGGAAGAUCUAUUUUUAUCCUCAGUGAGCGUGAGAGCUGAGCGGUGUGUGUUUGGACUUGACAGCCAUGGCGGAUCCAGCAGGCUUGCAGCAGGAGCGAGUGGCUCUGACCGAGGUGUCUGACGAUGACGAGGAGGUGUCCCUGGUGGCCGCAGCGGUCCAGCCCGCCACCGACAGCGAUGAAGACGACAUUUCAGAAGAAGUGGACCUGGUGCUGGCCACGGGCUCGGGCACCAAGAGUGAGGCGCAGGUCAACGGGGUCAUGGUGCUGACCCUGCUAGACAAGAUCAUCGGGGUGGUGGACCAGAUUCAGCAGACCCAGAACGGGCUGGAGGCCAGACAGCAGGACAUGGAGAAGUCUGUUUCUUGCAUCCAGGGAGAGCUGGCCAAGCUGUCCAAGAGCCACACUGACACGGCCAACACCGUCAACAAGAUGCUGGGCAAGGUACGCAAGGUCAGCGUCAACGUGAAGACGGUCCGCACCAACCUGGAGAAACAGGCGGGCCAGAUCAAGAAGCUGGAGAGCAACGAGAACGAGCUGCUCAAGAGACGGCACUUCAAGGUUCUCAUCUACCAGGAUGAGAAUAAGGCCGCUAAAGCCUCUCUAAAGUCGUCCAAGGUGGCAGAGAAUGUAGCUGAGGGCUGCUCUGUGGAAGGGGGGCUGGAGCAGAUCCCUGAGGAGGGGGGCGAGGCGGCGCUCACUGGCCUCAACUCAGACGAGGAGGUGGAGAUCGAGGAGAUCAUCGAAGAGUCCCGGGCGGAGAAGAUAAAACGCUCCAGCAAGGCGCGCGUGGACAACAUCAAGAAGGCCUUCUCCAAAGAGCAGAGGGAGAAGAGAGCGCAGAAGACCAAGGACAACCUGGAAAAGACCAAGCAGAAGACCAGGGAUAACCUGGAGAAGACCCGGCAGAAGACUCACGACAAGCUGGAGAAGACCAAGCAUAGCCUGGAGAAGAAGAUGGGCAAGCUGGGCAACAAGAUGACCCCCAACAUGGAGCGGAAGGAGAAGCUAAAGGGCUCCAAGGAGAUGUUGAAGAAGUCUCUGACCCCCGACCACACCGUCUACGCCCGCUCCAAGACGACCGUGUACCGCGUGCCGCCCUUCACCUUCCACGUGAAGAAGUUCCGGGAUGGAGAGGUGGAAGUGGUGCACACAGAGGGCACAGAGAUGGAGGAGGUGGCCGAGAAUGAGGCCCUGCAGGCGGAAGAGGGAGACGUGGAGGUGGAGGAGCUGGUGAGAGUAGUAGACACCCCAGAGAUGAGUGCUGUCCUGGAGUUGGAUGAAGAGGAGGAGGAGCUGGUGAGAGUAGACACCCCAGAGAUGGCAGCUUUCCUGGAGGUGGCUGAGGACCAGGUGGCAGAGCAUCUGAUCAGGCUGGGGAGUAAGGUCCCUGUGGUGAAAACAAGCAUGAAGACAACCAGCAAAUAACUGUCUACAGGGCCCAGCAGGAUUGGAAGAAUGAUACAAUAGAGGGAUGAGGAGAUAGGGGAGAAGAGAGAGGGAGAGAGUAAAGAAGAGGAGAGUAACAUCCUACAUUUGGAUGACAGUGACACAGCAUGCAUGAUAAGGACUGUCGGGACAGUGUUCACAAUCUACUCAUCUUAUAAUAAAAAUUAUAACAACACAAUAUGUCAUUUAGCAGACGCUUUUAUCCAACGCAACUUACAGUCAUACGUGCCUACAUACAUCUUGUUUGAGAAGAAAAAAAAUGACGCAUCAGGAAUGACUUUCAAUGUAGUAUGUGCUGUUCUAGACAACAACAACAACAACACAUUUAACCCCGCAGUUUUGUUUCUUCCUCACAUAUUUUCUUGUCUUUUAGUUUGUGAAUGACUCUGAUUGGUCUAGUCUGGGAUAUUGCUUGUUGAUAUCAUUUUUUUGUUGUUGUUUUUGAAAUAGAAUGACCACAAUGCUAAGGGAAUAAAUAGUAGUUGCUAUUGUGAUUUGAUGUACAAUAAUUGCUAACGUAGGAUAAACAGUACAUAACAAUGUAUAUGGAAAUAUCCCCCACUGUCCACAGACGUCAAUUCAACACCUAUUCCACGUUGGUUCAACGUCAUUUCAUUGAAAUGAUGUGGAAACAAAAGUUGAUUCAGCCAGUGUGUGCCCAGUUGUGGUGGUAUCUUGAGAUUUUCUGAUUUGAUGGUUGGUGGUCAUGUGAUGUGCAGGUCAGAGAAAUUACGUUUUGACAAAUGAAGAGUAAGAGCACACACUGGAAACACCUAAAGAUGGUUUCAAACGUGCAUGGGGAGAGACACAGGGGACCGUCUUUCCCUUGACUGAAGAGUUUACAGAUCGGUUAUUAAACAAAUGCUCACAGCCAUUUUGAGCAGCCAACUUUCUACUGUAAGUGUGGGCAUACAAGCUCUGUCAACAUGUCAAGGUUCUGAAAGGACGAGAUAGAUAAGAUAAUGAUGAAGAUUAAGAUAGUUCUCACUUUUCUUAGAGGAGCACUAUGAAGCUUUCAUUUCUGAUCAACAGUGUGGCCCUAUUGGUUGAUUGUUUUCAUUUUGGAGGACCGAGAGGGAGGGUCACGGCAAAUGCCAUAUUAAAAAAGAA